AUGUGGCAUAAUAUCGUUCGUUUUGGUCUUCUGCGAAUCUUCUAUCCGUGUUUAAUGAUAUUCGGGACAAUAGGCAAUAUUCUCUGUUUGAAAAUUCUUUUACGAAAGCGUUUUCGUCGGCAAUCAACAUGUCAAUACUUGUGUAUACUGGCUGUAAUCGACAUACUUUUUAUCUAUUUGAGAUCGACACGUUAUGUUUAUCGAUAUAUGUUUCAUGUCGACGUACGGAAUACAUCACUAUGGAUUUGUCGGUCAUUUACGUUUUUUUCCUCGUCUUUGUCGCAUUUAGCAUCCUGGAUCUUAGUUGUUUCCGCGUGAACGCAUAUACCAUUACAAAUACCAAGUAUUCAAACAGAUCUUGAGAAUGCUACUGAAAAUUCUAGCUCCACUCUUCGUUUCGUGUGCAUAGCACGAGAAGAAUAUGAAGAAUUCUUUCGUUUAUACGUACCAGUUUUCGACUUACUUCUUGUCGCUAUCAUUCCAUUUUGUUUGAUGGUCUUCACCAACAUCGGUAUCAUUCGUACGACUAUGCGUUCGAAUAUGUUAUUUACAACAUCGAAAAAGCAACAACGACAUAAUCGCUUAACUAUCAUGUUAUUGUCCGUCACAUUAGCAUUCAUGCUGCUGACGUGUCCGUCGGUUGUUUAUAUAUGUAUAAAUCGAUUAAAAUCGCCGAAAAGAGUUUCCGAUACAAAAUUACUUGUCUUGGAUCUACUUGAAUCGCUGUGGUAUACGAAACAUGCAUUAAAUUUUAUACUCUAUACACUGAGCGGACAGGAUUUUCGACGAGAAUUUAUCAAAUUACUGUCCUGUUCUCAGCGUAAAGUACCCAAUUCGUCAAAUACUCUCGGGAACAAUAGUCUAGAUAUUCAAGUCAAUGUAUACACGAAUAAUUCCCCGUAUGUGAAUCGACGAGCACUUGACCAACGACAUAGACAAUCUGAUUGCGAACUAAAUAAUGCGUCCACAUUACUAAUUUCUAAAUCUUUACGCGUAAGAGCUCCGACAGGCGUCCACAGUGAUUUUAUCGUUUCGACCACAUAUUCAACUACUCAAACCGGUACAAGUGAUGCGCGACGUUCAUCAUCAACUACAAAAACAUCGGUACAAUAG